AUGACGGAUCCUCACAGAGUCAUUAACAGCGCCGCGAGCUACAGUGAUGGAGACAAAGAAGCCAUUAUACAGCAGCUGCGAUCUGAGCUUGGUGUGGCUUCUCUCCCAUCUUCCGCACAAAUCAAAGACGAUAUCCAAUCGAGCUUCUUGCAGCCGCCAAAGAAGCUGUCGAGUAUCAACUAUCGAACAAUACCGCGCCAGCCAAACCUCAGAAAUCUUGUUCAAUCGGACAUCUCAGCACCAUCCUCGAAGCUGUCGUUCCAAAGAGCUGGUCUCGAUGGUAACAUCGUUGGACACACUGAAGUACAAAUUCCAAUUACUGCAAGAGAGAACGCUAGAACAUCAACUAGUAUCCACAGGGCUCCAACCGAUGCUGCGUCCUUUGUCCGAGGAAAGAGCGGCAACGUGCCAUUCGCGCCGGGCGGUUUGGACGUCGUGAAGGAAACUGUCGAUAUGGAGAGCAGAAACAAACACGGAUUAGAUGGCGAGAGUGCUGGUACAUCUGUAGAUUUGUCCAAGGGGGGUUUAAGAACGGCUCCACCAGGAUUUGGGAGAGGUUUACGGUUUGAAGGAGACGAAAGCAAUUCCCUUGACGCUAUCAGCGGUGCAUCAGAGUUACCUCAGGCAAGCACCUCCAAACACACUGCUGUAUCAACCAACAAACCCAACAAAGUCAACAUUCAGUCCGAUAAAUCAUUCACUGAUGCUUCCAUCGAUGAGCUGCUUCCUGACUCUAAGCCACACAUUCCAACGACUGCCGCCAACUCGCGUCGUAAAGCUCAAUUGGCCAAAAGAGAAUGGGCUCACGUCGUCAAUGCGAACAAGGGACUCACCAACUUUGACGAGCUAGUACCAGAUAUGGCUAUAAAGUAUCCGUUCAAGCUCGAUAAUUUCCAGCAAAACGCUGUUUAUUAUUUGGAGAUGGGUGACUCAGUCUUUGUGGCAGCACAUACUUCGGCCGGUAAGACGGUAGUUGCAGAGUAUGCAAUAGCCCUAGCAGCUAAGCACAUGACAAGAACAAUCUAUACUUCGCCAAUCAAGGCAUUGUCUAAUCAGAAGUAUCGAGACUUCAAGACAACAUUCGAUCCAUCCACUGUUGGUAUUUUGACAGGAGAUGUGCAAAUCAAUCCAGAAGGAAGCUGUCUUAUCAUGACCACUGAAAUCUUGCGUAGUAUGCUGUACAAGGGUGCGGAUCUUAUCAGAGAUGUUGAGUUUGUUGUUUUCGACGAAGUUCACUACGUCAAUGAUGCUGAGAGAGGUGUUGUGUGGGAAGAAGUAAUCAUCAUGUUACCUGAGCACAUCAACAUUAUCCUCCUCUCUGCAACAGUGCCAAAUGCGAAGGAGUUCGCAGACUGGGUUGGUAGAACAAAGAGAAAGAACAUCUACGUUAUCAGCACACCAAAGCGUCCUGUACCAUUAGAGCAUCACCUAUUUGCAAGCAAGGAGAUUCACAAGAUAGUCGAUUCGAGUGGAAGAUUCUUGAGCAGCGGCCACAAAGACGCAACGGAUGCACUGCGUAAGAAGCAAGACAAGGAAAGAGAAGCAGCAGGCUUACCGCCUGUCCAGAAGACGGGCGGCGGUGGUCGUGGUGGUCGUGGCGGCGGACGCACACCCUCAAAUAUGGGAGCUACAGGUGCUCAUCGAGCUAUUAACACCUACAACAAAUCUCAAGGAGCCAACAGAGGGGGUGGAAAUUCUUCUUCAGGUGGUAAUCAGAAUCACCACUUGGUGCAGUAUCUUAAAAAGAAGGAAUUGCUACCUGUCGUCAUUUUCACCUUCUCCAAGCGCAAGUGCGAGGAGAAUGCCAGUGGAUUAGGUGGUAUGGACUUACUGACUGCUGCUGAGAAGAGUGAGGUGCACAUAACUAUCGAGAGGAGCAUAUCUAGAUUGAGAGGUUCAGACAAACAGCUCCCUCAAAUUGCGAGAAUGAAAGAUCUUCUCGGAAGAGGUUUGGCUGUUCACCAUGGUGGUCUUCUCCCGAUCGUUAAAGAGAUUGUAGAGCUUCUUUUUGGUAGAGGUCUUGUAAAAGUGCUCUUUGCUACAGAAACAUUUGCCAUGGGUGUCAAUAUGCCUGCCAGAAGUGUAGCUUUUUCUGGUAUACGCAAGCACGAUGGGAAAUCAUUUAGAGAUCUUCUGCCUGGCGAAUACACCCAGAUGUCAGGCAGGGCGGGUCGCAGAGGAUUGGAUGCAACAGGUGUUGUUAUCAUUAUGACAAAUGACAGCAUACCCGAGACAACAACACUGCAGCAGAUGAUACUGGGUGUACCCGGUAAACUCAAUUCGCAAUUCAGACUGACAUUUAACCUCAUCCUCAAUUUGCUCCGGGUCGAGACGCUCAAGGUCGAGGACAUGAUCAAGCGCUCUUUCAGUGAGAACGCCAGUCAGAGAUUACUUCCUGAUCAGCAGAAGCAAGUUGAAGAAACAGAGCAGCGACUUGCACUAUUACACAAGUUGGAUAGAGAGACGUCCCUUCCUGAUCUAGAUACUCUCUAUAACGUGAGCGCAUCACUCGUGGAUGUGAAUGCCUACAUAGUCGACUAUGCUCUGGGACAUCCUCAAGGAAACAAGAUGAUUGGUACGGGUAGAGUUGUGUUGGUGAGAGACAGCCACUUUAAAGGUAACUUGGCGGUGCUGCUCCGUCCACCGAAGUUCCUGCCGACUGGGGCAUCCAAGACAUCCAAGUACUAUUGGGUUGUCGGUUUGUCGGACAAAGAUACUAGAGAUGGCAAGAAGGACAUGAAGGCAGACGACAUCACACCUCGCUGGCCUGCAACAUUACAGGAAGAUGAUGGUGAACUGGUUUAUGACUUGGUCUCAAUCCCCAGCGAGAGUAUAUCUAUGAUUACCAAAUUCACAAUGAAGGAUCUCGAUGUGUCUGCUAUCGUAGAUCACCAUCGCAAGUCUGCUCUACAGGGUUGUGCAGACUAUUUGAAGGAGCUUCUUCCUACGCUCAGCAACAAUGCCACACUGACGGACAGAUCGCUGGAGAUCGACUGGUCAAAGUUGAGAGGAUUGGAAUUCCACGAAGCGUUAUCAGAGAGGGAGAGGUUAAUGACGAAAGUGCGUGAUCUCAUACCGCUCACCGCUUUACCGGAGUUUGAUUCUCAAUAUGCGCAUCUACAUGUGGAAAGCGGAUUGAAAAAUCAGGUGGCUUAUCUUAGAGCAUCAAUCAGUGAUCAGAAUUUGGAGCUGCUUCCUGAUUACGAGAAUAGAAUCAAUGCAUUGAAGGAAAUGCAGUACAUUGACCAAAAAUCUACCGUUCAAUUGAAAGGAAGGGUUGCUUGCGAGAUCAACUCUGCCCAUGAACUCAUCCUCACCGAGCUAAUUUUGGAGAAUACGUUCGCCGCCUAUGAGCCAGAAGAGAUGGUGGCGCUGCUUUCGUGUUUCUUAUUCCACGAGAAGACGGAAGUGGAGCCUGUGAUUCCGCCAAAGUUGGAAGAGGGUCGUGAUACUAUCUUUGCUAUAGCAGAUAAGGUGCAAAGAGUACUCGAACGCAACAAGGUAGAAUCUGAAGAUUUCGAAACAUCGCUUAAGUUCGGAUUAGUGGAGGUUGUUUAUGAAUGGGCUAAGGGUAUGCCGUUUGAGCAGAUCACACAAUUGACAGAUGUGCCAGAAGGUACGAUCGUCAGGGUAAUCACAAGAUUGGAUCAGACUUGUUUGGAGGUUAGAGAUGCAGCUAGAGUGAUUGGAGAUGCUGCACUUUUCCAAAAGAUGGAGGCGUGUCAGACAAUGAUCAAGAGAGAUAUUAUCUUUGCUGCUAGUCUGUAUGUUUAG